UCACUGGCUGAUGUGAGGGCAGAUUGUACCGCAGCAGUAAAUGCACUUUGACACAUUGGUGUCGGUGUGAUUUACCGACCUGACAACUUCAACACGGUUUGUUUGUUAGCAAAACAAAUUGCGCCUGCGCCCUGAACCUUUCGUUUAGUUUUUCCCCCCCUCCAGCUUUUGGAGGUAUGUUGCUCUGCUUGAAAAUCGGGAGCUGCUGCGAAGAGCAGAGGCGCAGGCAAAGUGUAACAUCAGACGGCUUCACACGAACCAGACAAGUCGACAGUCGGUGGCCGCGGAUCACUCUGGGUCUGAAAUCAGAUGAUAGACAUUAAUUUGUGCCUGAUCUGUAAACGAGGCGUUUUACACUCAUUGGAAGACGCCUCCUCCCGUGUGUUUUGGAUGGUCUCCCUCAGCCAGGUCCACGUAUUGAGAUGAUCUAUUUUUGUGAUGGCGAAGGGUCUAUUUCCACGGGCCUGGGUGAAAAAGUCUUUCUACUUCCAGGCUCGGAUCUCUUUUGUCCGGGUGAAAUACCUGUUCCUCACAUGGCUGACUGUGCUGGUGGGGAGCUGGGUGCUGUACGUGCAAUAUUCCGCCUACACAGAGCUGUGCAGAGGACACGAGUGCAAGAACGCAAUUUGUGAUAAAUACAGGAGAGGAAUCAUUGAUGGCUCUGCCUGCCGUAGUCUGUGUGAUAAAGAAACACUUUACAUGAGCAGAUGUCUGUCAACACAGCCAAACAACCAGGUGUAUACAGGAAGCUGGGGAGACCAUGAUGGGAUUAUUCGCUGUAAAUUGGGGGAAGUUGUGCACUAUGAGCUGGGUGAGGAGCUGGAGCCACGGAGGGAGGCCCCUGUGUUCGACAAGCCUACUAGAGGCACAUCAGUGGAGAAGUUCAGAGAGAUGGUCUUUAAUCAUCUCAAGUCCAAGCUUGGAGAGCAGACUAACCUUGCCAGCCUGGUCAGCCAGAUCCUCUCUGUAGCCGAUGGCAACAAAGACGGCCGUGUGUCACUGCCAGAAGCCCGCUCUACAUGGGCUCUCCUGCAGAUGGACGAGGUGCUGCUGGGCCUGCUGCUCCAGGACCGUGGACACACUCCUCGCCUCCUGGGCUACUGCGGGGACCUCUACAUGACCGAGCGCGUCCCCUACGGUCCCCUCUAUGGUUUGUCUCUACCCUGGCCGUUUGUAUCUUGGGUGCCUAGUGGAGUACAGCGCACUAUUGACCAGUGGUUCACUCCCUCAUGGCCUCGCAAAGCUAAGAUCUCCAUGGGCCUGCUGGAGCUGGUGGAGGACAUCUUCCACGGCACUUACGGCAGCUUUCUGAUCUGUGACCUGGCAGCGGCGCACUUUGGUUACACUGACCGCCACGAGCUCCGCCUUACUAACGCUGGAGCGGUGGUUCCUGAGGACGAGUUCAAACGCACCAUGCGAGCACUUAAGUGUGAGACAGAUGCUGACUGUGUGUACGGGGUGGACUGCCAGACGUCCUGUGACAUGGCGGAGAAGCGGUGCAGGGAGGAGCCGGUCCAGCCAAAUUUAGCAAAAGCAUGCAGCACACUGAAGGAUUACCUCCUGCGCGGGGCACCGUCAGCACUGAGAGAGGAGCUGGAGAGGCAGCUGUAUGCCUGCAUGGCUCUAAAGGGUAAUGCUGGACAGAUGAACAUGGAGCACUCACUUAUCCUCAACAACCUGAAAGCUCUACUGUGGAGACAGAUCUCACACACCAAGGACUCGUGACAAGGAGAAGAAGUCCUUCAAAAACAAUGCUAGUCAGCUCUUUACAUGGAGCCGAGUGGUAACAAUGCUGUGAUACAUGUAAGAGUAGCAAAUUUAAGUCAUUUUUUUUUCAACUCUUAACACUAAUGAAUGGACAGACUGAUGGAGACUCUACCUCCUUUUUCCCAAACUCAGAAUUCCAGUUUCUGGAAAACAUGUCCGAGUACUUUGAGAUGUUUUACAACUGAAAAUUUGCAUGUUCCCAUCAGUCACACUUAAAACACUUCUUUCACACGGUGUAUUGUAUUGUAUUGUAUUGUAUUGUUCACUACAGAGGAAUGUUAUGGGGUCACUGUUGGAGAAACAGGAUUGUAAACAGUGUUAUACUGUUGUUGGUCUCUGUUAGCUGGGAGACUACAUAACCAUAUCUCUGGCACAAAAUCAUGCUGUUAUGUAUACGGGCCUGCAUGGCUCAUCAUUGAGUUGAGAAACACAAGGAUUAAAAAAUCAGAGUGACUCUAGUUGUAAAAAGGUUCCAGUUCAAUGUGAAACUAGGGCCGCAACUAAGAUCAUUUUCCAUAAUUGAUUAAUCAUUUUAGAUCUAUUACCCAGAGUCCAGGUGGCGUCUUCACAUUGCUCGCUUUGUCUGAACAACAAUCCAAAACCAAAGACAAAUUUACUAUAAGAGAGGACUAAGAGAAACUGUAUAUAUUCACAUUUAAGAAGUUGGGACCAGCAAAACUUUGGCACUUACACUUCAAAAAAGUACCUAAAUGAUUAUUUACCAAUUAAUUGACUGUUUCAGCUCUACAUGAAAUUGCACUAUUUUGUGUUUGAUUGUUAUAAAAAUUCCCCAAAUUUCACUUUUCACUUUCAAGCUCACUUUUCAAACUAAAACUGUGAGCUUUUAGGACUUAGGAGAGAUGCUGUUGAGCUCUGGACAGAUGGGUGGCAAAUGAAGAGGAAAACCUGUUAAAUGUGUGUGGAAACAUGAACACUUCCUUUCAGAG